CACUGUCCCAGCUGCAUCCCAGUUUUGAAAGGCACCCCCUUCCCCAGCACGGGCAUCCUGCCUCCCAACCUUUAAUUACGGUGCUUCCCAACGCCUGUUUUGCUCCCAUUCUUUGGCUUCCAAUAGUUGCAAGGGGUGAAGGUGAACAUCUCUGUGAUUACAGAGAUGCCAAGUGGGUAUUGACUGCUGCAGGGUGUGGAUGGAGGGCGUGAAAACCAGGAUGGGGUGACACAGUGUCUGGGUCAUGAUAGGGAAAGCAGGCAGCUGGGUCCUGGGCUGAGGGACUAAAAUGAGGGACGCCAUCUUCAGAGGUGACACAUUAGCCCGGGCCUUCCCAACGGGUCUGACCAGUUCUGUUCCGAUGGUAUUCCUGUGUCACUGGUCUGGCCUCUCCUCCCCUCCUCCCCUAUAAAACCUCUUGGAGUUCCCAGGCACUCAGACUCACCCCACCCCAGCUUUGGGGGCCAGUACACAGCCAUGAUGCUCAACUGGAAGCUCCUGGGGAUCCUGGUCCUUUGCCUGCAUGCUGGAGGCAUCUCAGGUAGCAAGGACCACCCCUCUCUGCAACCCACAGAGGACCGGGAGGAGGCAGGCUCCCCAGCAUUGCCUCAGGGCCCCCCAGUCCCCGGUGACCCCUGGCCAGGGGCACCGCCUCUCUUUGAAGAACCUCCGCCUCCCAGCCCCAGUCGUACCUGGAGAGACCUGCCUGAAACUGGAGUCUGGCCCCCUGAACCGCCUCGAACGGAUCCUCCUCAACCUCCCCGGCCUGAUGAUCCCUGGCCGGCAGGACCCCAGCCGCCAGAAAACCCCUGGCCGCCUGCCCCUGAGGUGGACCACCGACCUCAGGAAGAGCCAGACCUGGACCCACCCCGGGAAGAGUACAGAUAGUGGGGUCCCCCCAGCCAUUCUGCUCCCAGGCAACUCCAGGCACCCAUGCCCUCUCCACCCUCUGAUUCCCCGUGAAUUCUCCCCAAUUUAGCCUGCCUCCUUAAACCUCUUGCUCAUUCCCUCAGUUUUAUUCUGAACCCAGAAGGUUGUUUUCUCAGGACUUCCUGCCCCCUCCUGAGAUCCGUACUUAGUCCUCACCUCGCCCGUUUUUUCCUCUGCCAGCCUAAGCCUACCUCACCUCCAGGCCUCGGUCCCACCUACCUCCCACCCCUCUUCCCGCCCUCUCGGUCGCUGGGGCAGUGUUGCGGUACUGUGUUCCCUUCUGCCACCUGGCGGCCAGCGGCAGGAACUAUCAGCAGACAGCUGUUGUGUCCACGAAAUGGAAAAAUAAAAAUCAUGUUUUCUUAA